GCCGCCGCCUCCUCCGCCGCUCAGGCGCCGCGCGGGCAGCCCGCAGGGGUCCUGGCCCCGCGCGGGGGCCCUGUGCCGUACAACAUGGCGGCGCUGUGGCGGAGGUCGGGGCGGCUGUUGGGAGCCUCGGGGCUGCGCCGUACGGCACGGGGCCUCUCAGGAAGGAAUGAGUAUGAUCUUCUGGUAAUUGGUGGAGGAUCUGGAGGCCUUGCUUGUGCAAAAGAAGCUGCUCAGUUUGGAAGGAAAGUGGCUGUUUUGGAUUAUGUGGAACCUUCUCCACAAGGAACCCAGUGGGGACUUGGUGGAACCUGUGUGAAUGUUGGCUGUAUUCCUAAAAAGCUUAUGCAUCAAGCAGCUCUUUUAGGAAGUGCUCUUAAAGAUGCCCAACACUAUGGAUGGAAUAUAUCCCAACCUGUUCAGCAUACCUGGUCUGUGAUGGCUAAAGCUGUUCAGAAUUAUGUGAAGUCCUUGAACUGGGGCCACAGAGUACAACUACAAGACAAGAAGGUGAAAUAUUUCAACAUCAAGGGGAGUUUUUCAGAUCCACAUACAAUCCGUGGCUUAACAAAAGCAGGUAAAGAGAUUGUUAUUACUGCAGAGAAGAUUGUCAUUGCCACUGGAGGAAGACCAAAAUAUCCUACACAUAUUGCAGGUGCACUGGAGUAUGGAAUCACAAGUGAUGAUCUAUUCUGGCUGAAAGAAUCUCCUGGGAAAACGUUGGUUGUUGGAGCUAGUUAUGUUUCACUGGAGUGUGCUGGUUUUCUAACGGGCAUUGGAUUAGAUACCACAGUCAUGAUAAGAAGCAUUCCACUUCGUGGGUUUGAUCAGCAAAUGUCAUCUUUAGUAGCUGAGCACAUGGAAUCUUAUGGCACAAAAUUUUUAAAGAAAUGUAUCCCAACCAAAGUGGAAAAACUGGAGAGCAACAAACUAAAAGUCACCUGGAAAAAUACUGACUUGGGCACAGAAGAAUCAGAUUCCUUUGACACGGUGAUGUGGGCAGUAGGCCGAGUCCCUGAUACGAAAACUCUCAAUUUGGAAACAGUUGGCGUGAAAACUAAUCCUGAAACUGGAAAGAUCAUUGUUGAUGCCAGCGAAGCUACUUCUGUUCCUCACAUUUACGCAGUUGGAGACAUAACAGAGGGCCGCCCUGAACUGACACCCACAGCAAUAGCUGCGGGAAAACUGCUGGCUCGGCGUCUUUUUGGCCAAUCUUCAGAACUGAUGGACUAUGACAAUGUACCUACUACAGUUUUUACUCCCUUGGAAUAUGGUUGUGUUGGACUUUCAGAAGAAAAGGCUGUACAGUGUUAUGGAUCAGACAAUAUUGAGGUAUACCAUGCCUAUUAUAAACCUUUAGAGUUUACAGUGGCCGAAAGAGAUGCAACUCAAUGCUAUAUAAAAAUGGUGUGCUUACGAGAGAGAGAGCAGCGAAUCCUUGGCCUUCAUUUCAUUGGACCAAAUGCAGGCGAAGUUAUUCAAGGAUUUGCUCUUGGAAUCAAAUGUGGUGCUACUUAUGCUCAACUAAUGAAGACAAUUGGCAUUCACCCUACCUGUGCUGAAGAAAUUACCAAGUUACAUAUUACAAAGCGUUCUGGCUUGGAUGCAACGGUCACAGGUUGCUGAGGUUAAAUACCUUCCCUGGAAAGAAGGAAAAAGAGCACAAAACAGAAAAGAAAAUGGGCAAUUUGACUUGAAACUAUUUGAAUAGUUGGAGUCUGGGGCCAAAUGAAGAAAUAGUGCUCCUGUCCUCAUGGUUCUAAAACCAAUGCAGUUCCACUGUAUCAAAUCUGUCUUUCUCCUUCAAAGUACUAUAACUCUUCUCUUGCUCAGAGCUAAGAAAUAAUAACUGUUUUAUAUAUAAAAAUGCAUCUGAAACCAUUGCCACCUGAGGCUUUCUGCAAUUUAAACAGUUGUCGUAUGGCUGACCACCCAUAGACAUGUCUCACAUGACAUUCAUACAGGUGCCAGCAAUCAGACAGAGCCUCCCUAAAUGUGCAAUCAGGAUACCUUCUCUGAAGGACUUGGACAGUUUAUUACUGAAUCUUGGACACAGAGAAUCAGCAAUAGGAACAAGUUCCCAGUGUGUGUAAUGACAGAUAUUGAGAUACUGAGAAUCUCAAACUACAGAGAUCUUGAUAUGGAAAUAAUGCCACCUUUGACUAAAAUGCACUGUGUAUAGGUAUAUAAGAUUUCUUCUUUUUUUGUAGAGAUUCCCUAUCAGUUGCUUUUGCAGCCGUGGAUCAAAACACUGAGGUUCAGCCAUGUGAAAGUGGCUGCAUUGUUGGCAAAGCGUCCRACAGACUGAAUUCUCUUCCACUACAGACAAAUGCAAGGAAAGAUGAGUUUAUUUCAUUUAUUAUAAAGCUGAAAAUAAUGAUAUGGGAAACAAAAUACAUCAAUAUAUUUGGGAUGUGAAAUUAAUACAUAUCAGCAUACUCUCAUAUAAUGUCAUAGAGUUGGUUUUGGUUUUGGAAUUGUUUAGAACUGCUUUGGGGGCUUAGUGAGAAUUGUUCUUGUCUAGAUUUGCAGCCUAGGUCUGUUCCGUAUUUAAUGCAAAAUGUUGUUGCCCACAGAAGUAAAACUAAAUGUCCAUUCACACUUUAUUCACACAACCAUAUUGUGAGGACCAGGAACAAGAMAGAGUAAUGAAAACUACUGUUUGUGCUCUUUUUUUUUAUGCAUUUCUUCUGUAACUCUCCAGGGAGGGUCAUUAAGAAUCUUUUUUUAAAGCCCAAC